UGACACGUUUGAAAGUAGCAAAGUCACCAAGUCACCAAGUCAACUUGAAAUUCUCAAUUGACGAGAGAAUCCCACUUUGUUGUUUUCGCGAUCAUCAGAUCCGAUUCUUAGAAUCGAAAAAUAAACGUCACGAUUGUGAUUAUCGCGAUUAUUCAUGAUAACCGUGAUUCUCCACGAACGUAAGUUCCCGUGAAAACUGUGAUUUAGAACACCGGCGAAGAGAGAAAACUAACAUCUUCCGAGAGAAAUAAACACAACAAACAUUGUACGAGAGGGGGAAAGAAGAAGGUUCUCGUGACCGCGGCAAAUCCGGCGACAGUUAUUGGUGGUUAUCAAUCGAAACGUCGCUUCUCACGGACUGGAAUCUUCCGGAUCGUCGCAAGAUUGUCCUCGAGGGUGCAGUUGCGUCGUCUAUUAUAACGUUUCGGAAGAAUUUCCCGAGGAGAGUCAGCGAGGAUUAUUAUUACGCGCGAUUUUCUCGGUGAGUAGGGAAAAAAUCUAGCGCUCUUCGUGACCGUUCGGUCCCCUUCGCUGCUCUCAAGCUGUUGCUCGGCAUUGCGCGGAGUAGCGUGCACGCGGUCGCGAUCUAUAGCAUAGCGGCCAGAGCGAGUAGGCCAAGUAAACCGGCAAGAUACAGGUAAAAUCGAAAUGGCUCCGCGCAAGCAAGCGAAGCAGGCUGCGGCAGAGAGCGUCCAGGUUGCCGCUGCCGAUGGCAACGUGACGCCGCCGAAGAAGAGGAAGGCCGCCGCGAAAUCGACCACGCCGAAGCAAGCCAAGACAGCGGCACCUCGGCAAGUGAGGCAGGUGAAGGCGCAGGAGGCGGCCACCGCGUUCUCGCCGAAAAAUUUGCGUAGCAGGCAAAAGGACGUUGCUCCGAAAAACGAUGCGGAGAACAAGUCCAAGAAGAUGUUUGUCAACAAACAGAAGGAAGAGAAAAAAACGGUAGAGGACGACGAUAAUACGGGUGAGCAGGUCGAAAAAAAGACGCGCGGUGGCGGCAAAUCCGCGGUGACGAAAAAGGCGGGAACGAAGACGGUCACGGCGAAGCCGAAGGCGAAGGCGCCGGUCGUCAAGAAGAAGAAAGACCAAGUCGAGAACGGCGCCGGGAAUGUCGGAAACGGCAUCGUCACCGAUGAGAAUCCACCGAAGAGGGCGACUCGUCGUGGGAAAGCACCGGAUGAAGAGAACGUUGCACCGGCAGCAACGAAGGUACGGGUCAUCAAGAGACCGAGAAAGCGCAAGACUGCCGAGACAGAGGCGAUCGCGGAGGCUGAAGACGAUGAAGAACCGCCAGAGAAGAACGACGCGGAGAUGAUUGUGGACAACAAGAAAUCUCGCGAAAAGGCGAAGAAGACAGCCAAGGCAGCAGUCAAGGAAAAAAAGGAUUCUACAAAAAUUUCCAAAGGAAAACGUAAUAUUGAAAAAGAAAUAAAAGACGUAGGAAAAGAAGAAGGUAUUUCGAUGAAUUUAGAAUUGGAAUCUGUAGAUGAAAAUGAUACUUCUGUAGAUGAAAGUAAUAAUGUUUCACAUAAUGAAAAUAACAAGGCUGAAAUUAAAAUCGAAAAAGAUAAUGAAGAGAAUAUAAACGAUACAACUGCUUUUGAAAGAUCAGCAACUUUUAUGCUCUUUGAGUAAAUAGAGGACUGUUAAAAGAAAAAGAUAAAAUUAAGGAUUUGAAAGGAAAUACUAA